AUGGUGUGCUUUGCCGACAUUUUCCCACUGGAGGUACUGUCGGGAUUCAUCUGGACGCAGCCCUCGUCGAAAGGCCAUCAGGACCUCAACAUGGAGGAGUACGUGAUUCUGAUGCCUUGGUUCGGGCUGUUCAACGUCUUCGCGGUGCUCAACGCCAUGCUCUGCAUCAAGCCCUCGUGGCGAAAGUACACAUCGCUGAUGAUAGUGGUGCAUGUCCUUGGUUUGCUGUAUGGCUUUGGCGUGAUGGCUCGCCAUUUGGUUGGCAACAUCAUGUCGUUGGAGGCCUACAGUGCGCGUUGGGAACAGAGCAUCGAGUACUUGAUCCGGCCGUUUUGGGCCAUCACCUUCGAUGCCACCAAUUUGCUGCUGUUCACUGGCCGCUUCUGCGCUGGAGACUCGUGGAAGCAGAUGGAUUAUGUGCGUGCUCAUCAGAUCAAUAUGCAGUUACUGACUGCAGUCGCCGGGGACAAGAUGUCUGAGACGUUCGUGGCCGCUGCCGAUCUGAGCCCUCAAACCAUGGAAAUUUAA